AUGGUGGAAACCACAAACCACCAAGCAUCAGAACUGCCAAAGAAGGACCUUCUCCAAUCGGAAGCCCUGCCCCAGAGCUUUCAGAUGGCACAGAAAGGUGGAGACACUGGGAAAGGUUGGGGUGAAGUUAUGGGUCAGAUGGCAGAGACCUUGCAACCCCAAGAGAAAGUUCUGCGCAGCGUGGGAUCUCCUUCACUAAGAGUCUCAAAGAGGAAGCGGCGGGGGCUUGGUCCGGCCCCAGCAACCUCACAGUUUCACUACCCUAAACGGAGAAAGAAUAGCAAGCUCCACUCCUGCUCCCUCCUUCCAGGAGGGGGAAGAAAGCGGGAAGAGAGCUGGCCGGUCUUUGAGCCCCAGUACUCAGCUCAGACGGUGAAAAGUAACGGAUCGUCGGGCAGGAGGAACAAAGACGUGGUCCCGCUUCGGGCGCUUGGAAGAGGAGCCGCCCGCCCGCGAUGGGGGCUGGAGCCCAGAGUGGAACGCGGGACCCCGCGCAGCGCGAGGAGGAAUCGUGAACCGCAGGGGACAAUGCGCCCGGUUUGGCACCGGCGCUGCACAGGGUCUCCAGAGUCAGCCCCUGACAUAGGGACCUUAGGAGACCCCCUCGUCCCGCAUGCAGCCCCGGCACCCCCGCCCCAAGACGCCAUCUCGGCGCAGCUCCGCCUCGGCCCCCGUGGCCAUCGCCUCCUUCCACCUCCCACCCACGAGGAGGACGCAGAGCCUCGCGGCCGCCGGCAGAAACUUACCUUUAGCCUCCGUCCAGCUCGCCGUCGCGGGAGGACCGCGCGGGCCGGCUGCACUCGGGGUCCCCAGGGCCUGGGCGCCGCUGUUUGCUGCGAAAAGAGUGAAAAAGCAGUGCUGGAAGAAACGGCAUUUGAAGAAAUCGAAAGGGAUUUUCAGGAGGUUCUCAAUGAACUUUUAGGCGACAAAAGUCUGGAGAAAUUUAGGCUUGAAUAUGAGAAGCUUCAUGCUAUCAUGAAAAAGUCUUAUGAAAAUGAAAAGCGUCUGAUGGCCAAGUGCAGAGAACUGAACGCGGAGAUUGUGGUGAAUUCCGCGAAGGUCGCCACUGCCCUGAAGCUCUCUCAGGAUGACCAGACCACCAUUGCAUCCUUGAAAAAGGAAAUUGAAAAGGCCUGGAAGAUGGUGGACGCAGCCUACGAUAAAGAGCAGAAGGCGAAGGAGACGAUUCUUGCCCUGAAAGAGGAGAUCGUGAACUUAACCAAACUAGUCGAGCAAGGGUCUGGACUGACAAUGGACCAGGAUAGCAAUAUCCGAGAUUUACUGAAGUUCAAAGAAGAAGUGACAAAGGAACGAGACCAACUCUUGUCAGAAGUGGUGAAAUUACGGGAGUCCUUAGCUCAGACCACUGACCAGCAGCAGAAUGCGGAGCGAAGCCGAGAAGAGGCAGAGCACGCCAUCAUUCAGUUCCAGCAAGAAAUCCAGCAACGUCAGAAUGAAGCUUUGAGGGAGACUCGGAAGAAGGAAAAACUGGAGAAAGAGCUCAAGCAGAUUCAGACGGACAUGGACACCAGGCAGACGGAGAUCAAGGCCCUGCAGCAGUAUGUGCAGAAGAGCAAGGAGGAGCUGCAGAGGCUGGAGCAGCAGCUGAAGGAGCAGAAGAUAUUGAACGAGAGAGCUGCAAAGGAACUGGAGCAGUUUCAGAUGAGAAAUGCUAAACUUCAGCAAGAGAACGAACAACACGCUUUGGUUUGCGAGCAGCUAUCCCAGGAAAACCAGCAGAAGGCAUUGGAGCUCAAAGCCAAAGAGGAAGAAGUUCAUCAGAUGCGCACUGACAUCGGGAAGCUCAACAAAAUCAGGGAGCAAAUCCAUAAGAAAUUACACCAGAUUGAAGACCAAAAGGCGGAAGUAGAACAGCACAAGGAAACUCUAAAAAGUCAGAUCUUGGGAUUAGAGAGAGAGGUGGAGGCUUCAAAGAAACUAGCAGAACUUGAUAAGAAAGCAAUGGAUGAGCUUCUGCGAGAAAGGGACAUGUUAAAUAAGAAUAUGCUCAAGGCAAUCCACGCGACCCAGAAACAGGUAGACCUGGUGAAGCUCCAUGAACAAGCCAAGAGGAACUUGGAGGAGGAAAUCCAGAACUACAAAGACGAGGCUCAGAAGCAGAGAAAGAUCAUCUUUCAACUGGAAAAGGACAGAGAUCGAUACAUCAAUGAAGCCAGUGACCUCACUCAAAAGGUCCUCAUGAACAUGGAAGACAUAAAAGUCCGCGAAAUGCAGAUUUUUGACUACAAAAAGAAAAUCGCUGAAUCAGAGACUAAAUUAAAACAGCAACAGAACCUGUACGAAGCUGUGAGGUCAGACAGGAAUCUGUACAGCAAAAACCUGGUGGAAGCUCAGGAUGAAAUAACAGAAAUGAAGAAAAAAUUAAAGAUUAUGACUCAUCAGGUAGAUCAGCUGAAGGAAGAAAUCUCUGCCAAAGAGGCAGCGCUCGUGAAGCUACAUCUGGAACAGCAGCGCAUAGAGAAGGAGAAGGAAACAUUGAAGGCCGAGCUGCAGAAGCUGAGACAACAAGCCCUGGAGACCAAACACUUCAUUGAAAAACAGGAAGCCGAAGAGAGAAAACUCUUGCGCAUUAUUGCCGAGGCUGAUGGGGAGAGGCUGAGACAGAAGAAGGAAUUAGACCAGGUCAUCGGCGAGAGAGAUAUCCUCGGGUCGCAGCUCGUUCGUCGCAACGAUGAGUUGGCUUUGCUUUAUGAGAAGAUCAAGAUCCAACAGUCUGUGCUGAAUAAAGGCGAGAUCCAGUACAACCAGAGGCUGGAGGACAUGAGGAUCCUCAAGCUUGAGAUCAAGAAGCUUCGUCGGGAAAAGGGGAUUCUUGCCAGGAGUGUGGCUAAUGUCGAGGAACUCAGGCAGGAGCUUUUCCACAUGCAGAGAGAGUUCAUAAAGGAGCGGACCCGCUGCCGAGCGCUGGAGGAGGAGCUGGAGAACCCCAUGAACGUGCACAGGUGGAGGAAGCUCGAGGCCAGUGACCCCACUACCUAUGAGCUGAUAGAGAAAAUUCACACCCUGCAGAAGCGUCUCAUCAGCAAGACAGAAGAGGUGGUGGAGAAAGAGCUGCUCCUCCAGGAAAAGGAGAAACUGUAUGUGGAACUAAAGCACAUCCUGGCCCGGCAGCCUGGGCCCGAGGCUGCAGAGCAGCUGCAGAUCUACCGCCAGACUCUGCAACAGAAGACCAAGCAGCUUAAAGUUUUGUCUUCAGAAUUGAAUAUGUAUGAAUCACAGAGCGAAGAGUAUAAGUAUGAGCUGGGAAAACUUAGCAAUGAACUAAUGAAUUUAAAGAAGAAAUACCUCGCUCAGAAACGUAAAGAGCACCUUCAGAAACACAAGGACAAAACAUCCAUGGAUGUCGCCAUCCCACUGGGCAAACCAACUGGCCCUCGUUUUACUGGGGGUGGAUUUCCCCUCAGCAAGUCACCCCAAGUGCAAUCCUAA